UACCCCUCCUCAUAUUUCUUCACAUUCUCAGAACGCAAUCAAUUGCAGCCAGAAAACUAGAGAGCAUAGAGACAAAGACAAGAUGGGAGAAGAAGAAGGUUGCGAAUGCAGGCCACUGGGUUUCUUGCUCGGAUUGCCCUUUGCUCUCUUGGCUUUGAUUUUAUCUCUUGUGGGUGCUGUUAUCUGGGUUCUUGGAUCUAUAUUGAGUUGCUUGUGCCCAUGUUGCAUUUGCUGUGCUGGAUUGGCCAAUUUGGCUGUGAGUCUUGUAAAGCUUCCAAUAAAAGUUCUUAGAUGGUUCACUCGUCAAAUUCCUUGCUAGAGCAUAAUCUUUCCCCUUUUUGAUCUUUGUAGCAAUUCUUUUCUCUUGUAUUGGCUCUUUUCUUUUCUUCUCUUUUAUCUUUAUUCGGAUUUGCCUAUUGUUGUGAUUCAUUGGUUUAAUUACGAUCUUCAACCGUUUAUAUUUGAUUC